AAAUUUCAAAUGUCCCGCGAGUCGCCAUUUCCGCGGAUUUUACCGCCAAAAGAAGCAUCAUCGAGUGAAGAACGCCAUAUGGGAAUCUAACCUGGAAUUUAACAGAAUUUUGGGGGUCGAUGUAUUAAUAAAAAGAUUAAAGAAAUUUUCAAUUGAUUAUAAUCAAUAAAAAAUAAUAAAUAAAUGGGGAAUCACAAGGUUAAUGAGGAUAAACCGACAACGAGUAAGGGAGAAGUGGGACAUUCUUUACAAAAUUAUCGUCCACAUCAGCCGGACACUGAAAAUUCUGAUUCUGAUAGAAAAGAAAAUCAGAGAAUCCACAGGAAAAAGAGAAAAUGUCCUCACGAGCAUAAGAAGACGAUCCCUAAAGUCCUGAGAACAUCACCUCCGCCAGAGAAGGAUUUCACCAGCGAGGAUGAGAACUUGAUGCUAAAUUACCUCAUAAGUACGAACUCAGUCGACCAUGCCCUGUGCAUAUCAAUAUGGCUCUCUCUCGAGCAAAAGGGGAUAUUGCCCCAUCGGGCUUGGUCCCUCUUCGUCCAUUUCUUCUCAUCAAUGUUGCCCACAUACAAAAGAUAUAAAGUACCAAAAAGAGUUUCCCACAAAUUGAAGCGGCUGCGAGAAAUUCAAAAGGGAUACGCUACAGCAUCCGACUCGGAUCUCUCCUCUUCCUCAUCUUCAGAGUCAAAUGGACACCAAGAAGAGGAGUCAAAAUCCCUUCCGCUUCCACUAACAGAUAUCAGAACUGAAAUUUCUUCAAGCAGUGGAGAAAACUCUCCAGCCCCUGAUAGAACAAUUCCAGGAAUAAAUGAUCCCCUGGUUAAAACGGAGAGAAAAUCUGAGUGUAAGAGAUCUGGAGAGGACUCACCGAGGAUCGAGUCAAAAGUCCUCAGAAAAUAUGAGCGCGUUUCUCCGAAUUCACAAAUUGAUGAUGCUCUGAAUUUUCCAUUAGUCUGUUCUCCAGGUUCCGAGAAAUUCAAGCCGAUGCUUCGGGCCUGUCUAUCCCCAGUUCAUUCCUCGCAAGAGGAAAUAUCUGACAGUCAAAUUAUUCCCGAGACCCCGCCGAGGCGAUGCAAAGGGACAACCAAUGCAAUUUGUGUUUUGGAAUUAUCAGGAUUACAGGUGAGAAGAGAAGAAAUUUUUCACGAGGAGAUGGACAUGAGUGAUGAGCACUCGACGCUCCAGGAUCCACUCGAGGGAGCUGGAGAAUUUCAGGGCCCACCGAGAGACGAGUUGACUUUGCACAAAAAAUCAACGCCCGGAGGGUAUCAUCCGUACGCGUCAGAAUGCACCUCCGGCAGUGGAGGAUCGAAUGGAGCUGAAAAUUCCAAAAUUCCAGGUCAUGCCUCCGAUGAUUCACCUUUAUUCAGGCCUUACAGAAAAAAGAAAAGAAUUCUAAAUUCUCCAGGGAGUCCAGUAACUCCAGAGAGAACGAAAACUCAAAAAUCCCAGAAACAACUUGUAGGAAACAAUCCUAAUGAUUCUCCAGCCAUCAUCGAUUUAGUUUCUCCAGAAUUUCCUCCAGUUAAUGAAACUAAUAAUGAGAGAGAGACAACGAAGGAAAAAUCUUCGCCCAGAAAUUCAAAGAGAAUUAGAAGAUCUAUAAGCGUCGAGAGUUCUUCUCCAGAUGUUCUGGAACAGCUGGAGGGUGAUUCAUCUGGAAGAAAUCGAGGGAAAAAGAUUAAAACGAAAGGAGGUGAGAGCUGGAGAGCCUCUCAUCGUCCUCCAGCGAAUUCCAUGAGCUCGAUUCCCCAGAGAGACACAUUUGUUAAGCGCAAGGUGGAGAAAUUCUUGGAUAUAGACUCGGAGGACUCGGAUGAAGGAAAUGAAGGAGAAAAAUCCCUGGAGAAUAAUACGAGAGGGCCAAAUGCUGAAACCAGUACGAGCAGAGGAAAGGGCCCUGAAUUCUCGAAAGGGCGAAGGGAGCAGACCCUGCAGGUUGCUAGUUAUGAGGAUAUAGCGGAGGAGCAGUGGCGCAAGGCCAAUGACUGGAUGGAACCGAGACUUGCCAUCAUGGAGAACAGAAAUGAACCUGGAGGAAAGAAUUCUCUGAGGAAUAGACCCGUAAAUCCAAGAAGUGCCCGACCACCACGAUAUUUCAGAAGCCCAGUUCGCAGGAAGCCGUUCACAUUAGAUGAGGAUCGGGCGAUGAUCCAGGCAUUAAUAGAUUAUGAUAUGAUUCAUAAAGGGACUGCAUUGAGAGCGUGGGAAGAACUUCAGAGGAUCGGGGUUCCUGAACUCUCUCAUCAUUCUGCUAAGUCCCUGACGAAUCACUAUGCCAACAUCCUGAGAUGGAACUACCGGGAUCAUACAGACGAUCCUACGGCUAUCGCAAAAUUUCAAGCGGCUGUGGGUAAGAGACUGAAGAAACUGCAGAAUGCAAAAUAGACGUGAAGAUUCGGCUGGGGAAUCGUUUGACUAUUUAUUUGUGUUAUCUGUUUUUUAAUUCAACUUUUUUAUACUUGUGAGGAAGUUUUGGAGAUGAUUCAAAUAUUAGUGUUUGAAAUAGUUUAAUAACAAAAGAGAUGGAAUUUAUUAUGGAGAAGUGGGUGGGAUUUCAGGUAAUUAUUUGAGGAGUGAGAGUUAUCGGGAAUCGAGUGGAAUUUUUUAUGAUUUUUUACGGAUGUUAAAUGAUAAGAUUCACACUGAGGUUGGGAUAAAGUUUGAAGUCCAUCAGGAGGAAAGUAAGCGAUGAGGAAAGGCUGUAUAAAUAUUGAUUCAUAAGAUCGGUUUCGAAAGGAAAAAAUGUUUGAAAAAAUAAAAGAUGUUUAUGAACA